UGCCUCUGAGUUUGGUGGCCAGCUCUGGUUAUGAGAGGACACUCCUGAACUAUGAUUGAGGUUUGGUGAGACAGUUCCUGCACAGGCUCAGAGGAAGACUGUAGUGAUAACUAGAGGCAGAUUUUGAUCCUUAGCUUCUUUGAUUCCUGCCUGGUGGACUUGGGGAUGUUAUUUGAUUCUCUGUUUCUUAGCUUCCCCAUCUAAUCUGUAAGACGGAAAGGGUCAUAAGGACAAUACCCAUUCCAAUGGAUGUCCUGAGAGAUGAUAUGAAUAAAACACCCAGAAGAACUUUGGCUACUCAGUUAAAGCUGGGGAGGUGAGCUUCUCAAUAUGAUGUGAAGAAGCCUAUGUUUUCUUGAUUUUCAAAAAAGCUUAAUUGACCAUAUUUUAUAGAACAUAGUUUGCUUUAUCUGAAGGCGGAAGCUCAUCUUUGAUUCUUUCUAAAAAAAAAAAAGUCAAUGAUGUGUCAGACUACAUUUUCUUCCCUCCAAGUCUGUUCUAUGGUGUUUUCAACAUAAAAAGACCUAGUGCCUGCUGAUGGAUUUUCUAUUAUUAUCCUUAGACAUGGCUAUUUCUGAAGUAUGUAUUAGCUGGGUACCAACUGUGAGACAGUGGGACAGUAGAGUAAAGAUGAUGAGCACACAGAGAGACACAAGCAAACACCUUGAAAAUUGAAACUCAGACUGAGGAAUGUUAAAGGGGUGCUGAGUGGAUUCCCAGAGCAGGCAGAAAUGGUUCAUCAUUCAGACUGGGCCAGGACUAAAAGGAGUUUCUUGAAAGUUUGACUCAUGGGCUGGAAUUUGGUUUGGUAAAAGAAAGGUACUAUCCAAGCCAAGUUGUAGAGGGGAGGGAGGGGUUGCUUUGUGAAGGGAGCAGUUCUAGGGUAGAAAGGGACAGAGCAGGUUAUGAAUCCUGUCACUCGGGAGAGUAAUCUUGAUGAAUGAACAAAACAGAAAUUUCCUGUUACACUAAAAAAUAUUGCUAGAAAGUGAUAGAAGGGAGCAUCAAGCUUUUGAGUUCUUUCCCAGGACAGCCACAAGCAGCCCCAAAUGGCCUCCCAGGGAUUGGAUAAUGCAGGACUGGGAACCUCAGCAGGUCACGUGAACCAAGAGGAGACUGAUGGUUCUGGUUAUCAGCUCCUGGAUGGAUCACGUGAUGUUCAAAGAGGAGCACUGCAAGCCCUUGGGGCCAUCCAGAUCCUGAAUGGAAUACUGAUUCUGGCUCUGGGUGUAUUUUUGGGGUGUUUACAAUAUUUGUCCCACUACUUCAGGCAUUUUUUCUUCUUCACCUUCUACACAGGCUAUCCAUUCUGGGGUGCUGUGUUCUUUAUCAGCUCAGGGUCCUUGACUGUUGCAUCAGGGAGAAAACCUACAAGAAUGCUGAUGCAAAGCAGUUUUGGGAUGAACAUUGCCAGUACUAUGAUUGCAUUUGUUGGGACUGCUUUCCUUUCUGUACAUUUGGCAGUCAAUACCCAGGCUUUCAAGAGUUGCCAGUCUUCACAGUCAACUGACUUAUGCAUUUACCUGGGUUCCACAUCAAAUGGCCUUGUGUCUCUAAUGCUGAUCCUCACCCUGCUGGAGCUGGCCAUCACCAUUUCCAACUCAGCCAUGUGGUGCCUAGGAAAUGGUUGUGGUUCAAGAGAGGCAAUUUCUUCACCUCCUAAUUCUGUGGAAUCAGGAAUACCUCCUGAUGGAAGUGAUUCUGAGAACCUGAACACUCAGCCUCAAAUCACCACAGAGUGAGAACUUCACUUGAGAACUCAGGCGAGAAUGAGCAGAUGGAAUGCAACCCUUCUGUCAUGGCACUACCCAUGAGAAAGCUGGGCAUCUGUUCCAACCCUUCUCCCUUCCCUGUUAACCCACUAGCAUGUUCUAGAUCUGGAUGAAUAAAUAUAUUUCCUUAGACAUUCUU